AUGCGGAAUGUGUCUGCGGAUGCACGGCGAUAUCCAUCCAUCAAGCGCUACCUCCGCACAUUGACCUCAGCCGCUGACCGCGACACAUGGCUCAAGCGAGCAGAAAAGAUCGACAGCCGUUGCCAGUGCGUUCUCGCACUGGUAGCGGAGCGGGUGAACCGCUUGAUUUCGGGCACUUUGCUGGACAGCCUACGUUUCGCCCGUUUCAUCCACGAUCAGGAUGAAGCAGGAGGCGCGGCUACAGAAAGCCGCCCUGGAGUACCUCGCUACAAUGGAGAUGCUUCGAGACUGAACGAAUGGGUGUUCAGAGUGAAGAUGCUGGCCGAGAAGGAGAAGUCCAUCUCCGAGACCGAGGCCAAGAAGCUUGUGAGCCUUCCCCUGAGGCUCGUGGAAGGACUGUCCGGACAAGCCCUGAAGAUAGCACAACAGCUGGAUGUGAGCAAGCUUGCUGCAGAUGGUGGCACCGACUACUUGAUCGAGAAGAUAUCUACGGAACUACGACCUCGCCGAAUGCAGCAGGCAAGAGAGCUCUACGAGGCUGGAGCUCAGCAGGGCGGAAUCCUCUCCAGACAAGCUUCAGAGUCGAUGGCGCAAUAUAUAUUGCGUCGUCGAGCCUGGUACAGGGCCAUGACCGACCUCAGCACGGACUUGAAACUUCCGGAUUUGGUUCUGAGCGAACAGUUGUUGCUGAACGCUGGGCUGAACGAUGACCAAAGGCUUAUGAUAAGAACCGUGGUGGGCGAGAAGAUGAACUUCGACCGCGUCGCAGAAGAGUUGGUGAACCAGCACCCCCGCAUCCACGAGAAGAGCGCCUACCACCCCUUCCGGAAGAAUGCGUUCAAAGGCUUUCCCAGUUCCUCGUCACCACCCAAGGGCGGACCAAAGGGCUACCGGCCGAAACCACGGUACUACAACGCCUUCCAUGCUGACGGCUUGGACGAGGAGAAUGCCUACCCGGAGAUGAACGACGAGGGUUAUCAAGAAGAUGGCCAGGACUAUGCGAACGAGGAGACGGGCCGCUAUGACUACGAGAACCCCGUCUUCUUCGCCGAAGCCGAGAUCGGUACCUACGCCGAAGAGCACCUCGCGUACCUGUCGGAAAGUGGCUUGGGUAUUGAGGAUCAGGAGGCCUGCGAGUUUGCCUCCGAACUCAUCCAAUCCGAGCAGGACGCCUACUACGCGAGGAAGGGAGCAAGUCACAAGGGCCACGGAGGCUUCACCAAGGGGAACUCUCCUCCCUUUGAGAUCAGUGGCUCGAUCAGCCUUGACGACGAAAGGGCACGCCUUCGAGCCCUCAGGGCUCGAACGACGUGCAAACGCUGUGGUGCAGUGGGACACUGGUCAGGGGACUAUGAAUGCCCCCUGUCGAAAGGCAAGAGCAAGAAAGGUGGUGGAAAGACCUCAUCGAGCACUUCUUCCUCUUCCGGAACUGGAACCCUGCAGUAUCCUGGAGCGAAAGGCCGCAACAAGCCACCCGACAGCGCUCAGCUAGCCUAUCGACGUGACCAUGCCAGGCCACCCACAGCGCCUCCACCAAGGGCAAGUGACGAUUGGUCGGUUAUGCCAUCUAUGAGGGCGGUACCACCGCCCACCACGCUCCUGGAUGACAACAAUGCUACCUCUACGCCAGCGAGGACAACACAAGACGAGAUUGGCGACAAUUGGAGUGUGGUUAUUUCCCCGGCGAUUGAAGAGUCUUCGCUGGAAGGAAUGUGGCUUCCAAUGGACACCGACGACCCCGAGACGCAAGACCUCCUGGAAGCAUUGUCUAUGGACGCUUUAGCACCCGAGCCGCGGAUGCUCAAUGAGAAUGCCCUGGCGACGACCGCAGCUAUACCUCUUCCUGACCGAGCACCACCAGUACAAGCUACAACGACGGCAGCGAUACCUCUUCCUGAUCGAGUACCACCAGUACAAGCGACAACGACGACAGCGAUACCUCUUCCUGAUCGAGUACCACCAACAUGCACAACAGAAGUCCAAGAGCGCGCCGACGAGAAUGCCAGCACCUACGAACUACGGCACAUGGCGAGACCUUCCCACUACGACUACGCCUGGGACUUCACCUCGUGCCCACACCACUGGACUACGUGCAGACAAUCACGUGAUGACUAUCUUCCGCGCCACAACCACUACGAGGAGAACAACGUUGUCACCCUCGAUCGCAUCCCGGGGAUCCUUCAGACGUUCCAAGACUUGGGUGGUGAGACGAGUGCAGGCGGUGGAAGAAGAUAUGGUGAGUCCGACCACUACCACAACCUGAAGGCCCGUGGACUCAAGGAGCAGGACCUCAUCGCCAUCUUGGACACAGGAUGCAAUCAAACGUGUCAUGGAGACAGAUGGCUGGAGCGAUAUGUUCGGGCCACCAAGCAGCCACUCCCAGAAGCAGACACGACCACGGAAGUCCGCAUACGUGGCGUCGGAGGGCAAAUCAGGACCUCCGGAACCAGGAAACUCCCGUUGAUCCUGGAGCUGGUGAAUGGAGGCUUGGCGCAAGGUGACCUCGCGAGUACGGAGCUCAUGGACUCCGACGCCCCGCUCUUGAUCUCCAUGCAGGCUCAAAGAGCUCUUGGGUUGAUCAUCGACAUCGCCGGUGAAGUGGUCCACUCCCAGACAUUGGGCCACGACCUCAAGUUGGCCCAUAAGGAUGGACUACUGGGCAUACGACUUCUACCGGCAGGCGAUGAUGCAGAAGAAGAUGACGCAGCACGACGUGAUGAUCAAUCUGAGGGAGAACCUGCGGGAGAAGAUGAUGAGCUUAUUCCGGCGAUGCCAGCCGGCAGCCAGGUCGAUGAGAUGGACAAGGAGGUCGCCUACUACACGUUUGACGCCGAGAAGGCCCGGGUCAUGAACAAGACCCAGCACUUCCGAGUGAAGGAAGGCGUGGAUGGAGUAAAGUCCAAGGACCGGCACAUGUGGAACCAGAUCAAGCCGAGUCGACACCGACGACAUCAUGAACUACCACGAGGUUGCAAGACUUUCUUGCUUGAGGUGUUUGCUGGAGCCGCGAUGCUUGCACAAAUGGCUCUUCAUGAGUGGUCUAUGCCUGUGACUCCUCCAGUGGACUUGAACACCGGCUACGACCUGCUCACCACGCAAGGCCGUGACGAGGUAGACCGGAUCAUCGCGCGGGACGACCCCUUCGCCACCACCUUUGCGCCGGUGUGUACCCCCUGGACGUCAUGGACCAACAUAGCCACCGGGACAACUAAGAGCAAGAUCAUGGCCGAGCGCAAGAAGUGGCAGCCAGCGCUGGCUUGGAUGUAUGAGGUGGCCAAGGACCGUCUGGCAAAAGGGCGACAUGUCGUCAUAGAGAACCCCUGGAACUCAGCCAUGUGGGAUUGUGUUCAGUCCCAAAGGUUCUUCCGUGCCAGCCCUCGAGACCAGGCCACGCUUGAGCCCAUGGAAUGUGUGAAGGUGGAUCAGUGCAUGCUUGGCUUGAAGGACGACAUCAGCCACCUACCGCACCUCAAGCCCACCGGAUUCCUCACUGCCUCAUCUGAGGUCAAAAGCAGAUUGGUUGGAGCUCACUGCGACGGAUCCCACCAACACCAACAGCUGGACAUGAAAAGCGCUGCAUGGCAGCGCAAAAGCGGGCCGCGUGACCUGUGUACGGUCAUCAUCCAAGGCUUGGUGGCAGAGCUCGACUACCUCCUCACCAUGGUGGCCUUUCCGGCUGAAGCCCAGACUGAGCUCGAGGUGAUGUCGGAUGACGAGGGAGACGAGAACACCUACCUCGACGGGAUCCACGAGCCGGGCGACUUUGCCUACGACGAUGGCCAGGACUACGCGGAAACAAAAAACAAGAAGAGUGGGAGAUUAUCUACGAUGAAGGUGAAGUUCCUCCACCUCCGCAACCCGUUGGCGAAGCUCUUGAACGACGACAACACCAAUGGCGGCAACUACCUUACAACACCGGACUUGCUCUACGAAGAAACGAACGACGACCCCUUCCUCGACGACCUCAUCGGAGUCGGCACGGUCGCCGAGAACCAGCAGAAGGCUUCGCGACUCUGCCGGCACCACACCGCCGGCCUUGAACGGGCCAGAGGGCUCGAACGGACAGGAGAUACCCGGACUUCAUCCACCACCACCUGGUCUCUCUCCUGGUGUUAG